GGGCACGAGGCUACCGUUAAACAGCUCCUCGACAAGGGCGCCGACACCGAGUCAAGAGAUAACUAUGGCCGGACGCCAUUAUCGUGGGCCGUCACUGGAGGACAUGAGGCUAUCGUCAAACUGCUGCUUAAGAUAGGUGCCGAGGCCAAGUCAAAGGAUAACAGGGGUUGGAUGCCGCUGUCCUGGGCUUCCGUACAGGGGCACGACGCCGUUGUGCAGCUGCUACUAGAGAAUGGCGCCGACACCGAGACGGAGGAACGGAUGGCCAAACGC